GUCGCAUGUUCAUACUUGUUUUAAAACAAUCAAAUGGCACAAGUUUUGCUGUGUGGCUUCAAACCAAUUUCAAGAUUAGACGGUUGGAUACGCCCUGCCAUUCGUCGUAAAGGCGAAAAGCUCUACGCUGCCGGGCACGUUAACAGCGUGAAAGAAAUCGCCGGUGUGACUGUGCUGGCGAAGUGUCACUCGCAGCAAAGCAAACACAACUACAGCGUAUCUCUGGACCUGAACAAGGCCGACCGUGCCUUGAGUGGUGGAAGCUGCACUUGUCGGUACGGGGCCUCAGGAAACUGCAAACACUGUGCAGCAGUUGUGAUAUACAUCAAGGAAAGUGAGGACGUGUCCACAACAUCACAACUACAGCAGUGGGGGCGGCCACCAAAGACGUCAUUUAUUAAUGACAAGGCAUCUAUUGAAGAGCUGUAUGGCGAAAAUACCCAUCCAUACGUUGCGGGAAAAGAACCCACAAUGCUGGAGCCAGAAUAUGUGAUAAAUCGCCUUCCUGAAUUGAGGUGUCACAUGAAUACCAUCCUUAGAGAAGUUGGUCAAAACAUGGACAAUGUAACUGCUGACAGAAGUGUUGCCACUGUCACGUGGUAG